AUAGCCGUUGGUCACUUCGCUGUUGGAUAGGUUUCCACUUCACGAUGCUCCUCUCCGCUUUCUUCGCCGCCGCUCGCCGCGGCGUCCUCUCCAAACCAUUCUCUAUCCGCCUUCGUAAAUUCUCCUCAACUCAACUACCGCCCUCUAUAAACUACCCUCUCUCCCACCCGAUUUACAUGAUAUGGGGCGCCAACACUGGCGUCGGCAAGACCCUGGUCUCCACCGGCUUGGCCUUCUCCUUCCUUUCUUCUAUCGGCUCCGGCGCCUCCAAAUUCGUUUACCUCAAGCCAGUCCAAACUGGUUUCCCGGAGGACUCCGAUUCCCGCUUCGUCUACAGCAAAUUCUGCGAGCUCUUCCUCCGCCGCCGGCUCUCUUGCACGGUCCUCGCCUCGAACCAUACGCUUAAAGCCUCAGUGGGCGGAGAAUUGGAGAAUGGGUUUAGGGAUUUAGGACGGUACGAGGAGAGGAAGCUACAGGGGGAGCCCGGCGACGUGGUGGUGGGGUUGAUUUGCAAGACGAUGUAUGCGUGGAGAGAGGCAGUGUCACCUCACUUGGCGGCGGAGAGGGAAGGGGGGGUGGUAGAGGAUAAAGUGUUGUUGGGGAUGUUGAGGAGGAGUUUGGUAAUUGGUAUGGAAGGAGUGUCUGGAGAUGGUCUAAAUGUGGGUGCUUUGACUGUGAUAGAAACUGCUGGGGGCGUCGCUAGUCCUGGGCCGUCAGGUUCUCUUCAAUGUGACUUGUACCGGCCUUUUCGGCUACCAGCUAUUCUUGUUGGGGAUGGGCGGCUUGGUGGGAUUUCAUCAACCAUUUCAGCUUAUGAAAGUUUAACACUUCGAGGUUAUGAUGUUGUUGCUGUUGUUUUUGAAGAUCACGGCCUUGUAAAUGAGGUUCCAUUGAUGUCUUAUUUGCGAAAUCGGGUCCCUGUACUUGUGCUUCCAACUAUUCCUCCAGAUAUGGCAGACAAUCUAAUGGAAUGGUUUGAUGAAGCUCAGACUGUCUUUAGUUCUCUCAAGGAAAAAAUAAUUUCAGCUUUUAUUGAGAGAACAGAAAGACUACAUGUUAUGCCAAAGAAGGCACAAGAUAUUUUCUGGUGGCCAUUUACUCAGCACAAACUUGUACCAGAAGAUUCUAUUACAGUAGUAGAUUCUCGCUGUGGCGAGCACUUUGCUGUUCACAAGGUACUGAAUCAAGAUUUCAUAAUGGAACAAUUUGAUGCUUGUGCAAGUUGGUGGACACAGGGGCCGGAUCAAACUUUGCAGAUUGAGCUUGCAAGAGAUAUGGGAUAUGCUGCUGCAAGAUUUGGUCAUGUGAUGUUCCCUGAAAAUGUCUAUGAACCAGCUUUAAAAUGUUCAGAACUUUUGAUUGAAGGUGUGGGGAAAGGGUGGGCAUCUCGAACCUUCUUUUCAGAUAAUGGAUCCACAGCAAUUGAAAUUGCUUUGAAGAUGGCAUUUCGUAAAUUCUUGUUUGAUCAUGGAAUCGUUUCAGACCUAGUGAAGAUUGACAUGGCUGAAAGAUGUGUGGAGCUUAAGGUCUUAGCUCUUCGGGGAUCUUAUCAUGGUGAUACUUUAGGUGCCAUGGAAGCACAAGCUCCAUCUUCUUAUACAGGUUUCCUGCAGCAACCAUGGUACACGGGAAGAGGCCUUUUUCUGGAUCCUCCAACAGUCUAUAUGCACAAUGGUGUUUGGAAUCUUUCUCUACCUAACAGGAUGCAUCCUGAACUAGUGAAGGCAGAAGAUACAGCUUUUCGGGUGCGUGAUGAAAUAUUUGACAAGAAGAGGGAUGGGUCAAGUCUUGCUAGUAGUUAUUCAUUGUAUGUAACACAAGAGUUAUUACUACCUUCAGAAUCAAAAGGUUCUACUCAUAUUGGAGCAUUGAUCAUAGAACCAGUUAUACAAGGUGCGGGUGGAAUGCUUAUGGUUGAUCCACUUUUCCAACGUGUACUUGUUAAAGAGUGUCAGAUUCGAAAGAUUCCAGUUAUUUUUGAUGAAGUUUUUACUGGUUUCUGGCGUCUGGGAGUGGAGUCUGCUGCAGAACUUCUUUAUUGUCAGCCUGAUAUAGCUUGCUUUGCAAAGCUGAUGACCGGUGGAAUUGUACCAUUGGCUGCCACAUUGGCCAGUGAUGCUGUUUUUAAUGCAUUUCUUGGAGAUUCAAAGCUCAAGGCUCUCUUGCAUGGACACUCAUACUCUGCACAUGCUAUGGGAUGUUCUGCAGCUGCUAAAUCCAUAAAAUGGUUUAAGGACACUAAAACAAACUUCAAUUUAGUUUCUGAAGGAAGGUUUCUGAGGGAGUUAUGGGAUUUGGAUCUAGUGCAGCAGAUCUCAUCACAUCGGACAGUCCAUAGAGUGGUUGCAAUUGGAACCUUGUUUGCCCUAGAACUUCAAGCAGAAGGCUCUAAUGCCGGUUAUGGAUCGCUAUAUGCAAGAUCCCUUAUUCUGAACCUCCGUGAAGAUGGCAUUUACAUGAGACCUCUCGGCAAUGUUAUUUACCUCAUGUGUGGACCUUGCACAUCACCUCAGAUCUGCAAGCAACUGCUGAAGAAACUUUACCGAAGACUCGAGGAAUUCAGCCAAGCCAAGGAGAACAUGAACCUGAGCUAAGCUUAGUUGUUACCCCCAGCUUCUGUAGUUUUUGUUUCUGAAAAAGUUGUCAUGUUGCUCCUCCAGUAGGUUUUAGCUGUUGGAUGGUGUUGCAGGACAUCUUAAUGUAUGUCUAGGCUGCACAACCAGCUCUCUGCUGUGUCAUGUCGUGUCGUGUGAGGUUGAACGUAACCUAUUGACUUUGCUGCGAAUGUGAGAAGAUAGAGUAACUUUCUGCCUAACUUAAAUGGUUCAAAUGGAAUUUAGUGACUUGAACUGAUCAAGUCAUUUUUAGGGAUAUAUCAUGGUUGAAAUGUACUGGAGAUCGUCUAUUC